CGCUCGCGACGACAAUGUCGCUCGUGUGGACGUCGAUUUAAAGAUGGCCGCGUCGCGGCCGCCCGAUCAUCGUGUCGCGUCGAUCUUGAAAGGCGCGUGACGCGUCUCUUUCGGGGGAUAGCGGAGCCUUAGACUGACGAGGGGCCGGACCGUGCGACGCCCGGACCCGGACGUCGACGUCGACGCACAUUGGGUGGGCGCACAGCUUCGACACGAGCGCGGACGGAGCGGCGGAUCGCGCCGCCGGACGAUGAUCUAACGUCUCGCGCGUGUGUGUGUGUGCGACGCGUGCGGUACCAUGAAUUGUCAUCAGAUACUCAGCGGCGCCUGCAAUGCGGGUGAUCGCUGCUACGCAGUCGGCUCCGUCGAGGGAAUAUCCUUCACCGCAUACGCAGCUGGUUGCAAUAUUGUGAUUUUGGCCAAUAAUUUCGAACGAGUUCAAAUAAUUCCUGGAGCUGUGCACAAUUAUAUCAGGAUCAGCUGUCUAGACUGUAGUACGGAUACAGGAAAAAUAGCCGCAGCCUAUGAAAAUCAAGUUUGCAUUUUUGAGCCAACGCCACUUAUACACAGCACCUGUUCACACCAAUUAGAAUACAGAUGGGUUCAAACAGGAAGUCUGCAAACAGAAUCAAAUAUUACUUCUUUAUCAUGGAAUUUAGAAGGAACAAGAUUAUUAACAGGUGGCGAAUUGUUACAAUUAUGGCAUCAAAAUAUCACGCCAUUUCAAGAAGAACAUACAACAUUACCUACAGCUACAAAGCCGAAAACAGAAGAAAUCAGCACAACUGGAAAUCAUAAUGUUACAGCAAAUACUUCUCAGGAUCCUGGUACAGUAACAUUCUCAAUUGGGGGAGAAGCUGAGAGUCCUGGGCCUGGGGACAUGUCUGUUGCAAAUGAUCCGGGUGGUUGGAAUUGUGUAUGGAAAUGUCGUACAGCUACACCAGUCCAUCUUAUGAGUUUUAGUCCCGAUGGCACUUUGUUUGCAACAACAGGAAUGAAUGAUAGAUUAGUCAAAAUAUGGUUCGAAAAUAAACAAUUGUUUCCAGCAAGAAGCUUAGAUCAUACAAGUUUUUCUCAAUCUGUGGGUAGUGACAAUUUUAGUUUUGUUUAUGUUGCACACCCACGUGCUGUAACACACCUUUCUUGGCGCAAGACAAGUAAAUAUAUGCCAAAAGGCUCUGUAUCCAAUAUGUUGGUUACUUCCUGUCGCGAUAAUAUUUGUCGAGUAUGGGCAGAAACUAUACCACCUGAGAUUGAAGGUUUAGCUAAUAUGAGUCAGUUUGAGGGUUCUGACAGGCAUGGUCACCAUGGCAAACAUCGUCAUCAUAACAUGCACAAACAUCGAUUUAUGCAACGACUCAAACAUAUGAAAACAUGUUUUCAUAUUCGACGCCAUGCUAAGCAGCAACAUCAAGCUGGUCAUACUGCACCGACUUUACCAACGCUUCCGUCUACAUAUUCUGUACACGAUUUCCAUAACAAUUAUCAAACUUCUGGUCAUUAUCCUGGAAUGCAUUUUCACUUAGCAGCAAGUAUCAACGCAGAAACUGAUAUACCACUAGUACCAAGCCUAAUCACUGGAGAUCCCGAAAGAGAACCAAAUUUUAUUUUACACUGGCUAAAUAACAAAGAAAUGCACUUCACCAUGCAAGCUGAAAAUAUAUUGCAAGAAUUAACUCGUAAAGUAGUGGAAAAAGAGGAAGGUUUGCAACAUCAAGAUGCUGAACAUGUGGAACAUGAUUCUGAAGAUGAAUGUACCCCGAGUAUGCAUUUGAUUUAUCUUAUUGCAUAUAUUUUUGAAAAUUGUUUUAAAAAGCUACAAUUAUUAAUAAUAAUAUUUGUUUUAGAAAAAGGAGUUCGACUGCAAACCGCUCAAAAACCGGUUGUCGGUGGUCGAUCAAUGAGUCAAGAAGAGCACAGUAGCGAUGAACAUCAUACCGCACAUACUACCUCAUCUCAUCACAGUUUAGCACACAGUGUGCACUCUCAUCCCAGUCUUAGCAAUACAACAUCCAUUAAUUCUAUAGCAACGGAUGCAACAUCUACAAUGAACCACGCACCAGAUUCAUUAGACACAAAGAUAGAAACAUUGCUGCGUGACUGGCAUCACAAUCCAGAUUUGUUGUUCUCGAUACAUCCAAUAGACGGGAGUUUUUUGAUUUGGCAUAUUGAAUGGUUGGACGAGUAUCAUCCUGGAUCUUUUCGUCAGGCACAAAUUUCAUUUUCCACUCGUAUUCCAAAUGCAUUCCCGCUUGGCGAUGCAUCGACGAUGAGUCAUAAUGUAUCAAUGUACUCUCAUAAUACUGGUGGACCUUUAUUGAAUAUUCGCGAAGUUGCGAAGUCUUCGACAAAAAGCGACCCUAGUGAAGCCGUGACUCCUUUACCCAGUCUUAUAGAGCAAGACGAGGAACAGUCUACCUUGACCUCAAAAGCAGGUCAGGAAUUAUUGAAAAAUAUAGAAAAUUUAAACGAUCAAAAUCAAACGAAAACUGAAACUAAUGCAUUGGAGAGUAAUAAAAAUGGGCAAGACGCAGAUCUGUUGGCUCAUCCCAGUCCCAUUGUUUCUAUGGUUUCAAAGCACUCAAAUGGUACUUUGAAUUUAUGGCAGUUAACGUUUGCGGAUAAAACAAAAUUUUCGCAAGUGUUAAGCAUAGGACAUGCAUGUAGAGCUUCCGGACAUCGCUUCCGUGUAAACGACAUCACUUGCCAUCCCGUCUUACCUCUACUUGUGACAACUUCCCAUCACAAUAUACCCGAAUUUUCUGGUACUCAAUCAACGGAAUCGCACGAAAAUCUCAGUAGCAAACAUGAUUCAUGUAAGGAUAAGGAUAUCAUGUCGCCCACUGGAUUUUGCAGCGAAUUGAUAUUAUGGCGCGUAGAUGCUGUAGGACCUUUAUCUAAGAGCGGUGGAGUUUCUGAAUUGGCACGUAUUAACUCACCUGAGAUAUCGGCGUUUAGUAACGUAGCCUGGAUUCCAACAUUAUUACCAAGCACGACAUUGGGUAAUUUAUCCAAUUCUCCCAGUGCCUGCUUCGUAGCUAGUGAUGGAGAAUGUUUAAGAGUUUAUCAAGCUGUCAUUGAUGCUAGAACAUUACUGGCAGAGGUAUCGAUCAGUGAGAGAAGAAGCAGAAUGAUGGAUUCCAUGGCUAGUCUCUCGACAGAUAUGUCAUCGGAUGAUGGUGUCAGGCACUCUAUUCAUGACAGGAUAAAAAUAGUGUCUCAGCAAUCGACUGCGAGACCAGGAUGCGUUAUACAACUUGAUGCUAUUUCAGACGCCACUCACGAUUGGCAGAAUACGCAGUUUCUCCACGUCUUUCAAGAGCAAUUGAUCACAGGCGAGAGAAGUGAUGAGAAACAGCCCGGUAUCGACACAUCAGCCAACGACUUAGGACUCAUGGAAUCCACAUUGGAUGCUAUGGUGGACCUACAGCAAUCUGCAAUCUUUGAAGAGCCAUUUUACAUAGUAGUUCUUGAGCGUACACAGCAGGGCACAACCGUGCACAUGUGGCGAUUGGUAAUAGCAUCACAACCGGAAACUACCGGUUUAUCAGGCUCGAUGAUGUAUGUGCCAGAUUCUCACUUAGUUCAGGACGAAGAUGAUGAGGGAACACCCGGUAGAUUAAGCCAUACGGAAGGUAGACGAUCACGCAGAGCCAGUCAAACUGGCGGCCGGAGUCGUCGUGAAAGUCAGGCCGAUCUAGACUCGACGUUUCUAUCUCGUCGCCAUCAAAACAGCCACGUUCUCAUCACUACUACAAAAGUUUGCACGCAAGAAUUGCCGUUACCCGACGGUGUAGAAGUGAUUCAUGCUGCUCCUGCCGCGGGACAUUUGAGUAGUUCCUCAAUAUAUCCUGCUUGCUUCGCACCAUAUAUUAUCGUGACAGCCUGUAGCGAUAGUACUGUGCGUUUUUGGAAAUGCAAAGUGACGAAGAAACCGGACAACAAGCUUGAUUAUGAAUGGUGUGAGUGGGAAAUGACGAGGAAAGAUCAAGAAUCUACUAUUGAUAUCACUGGUCAACCAUUGAAUAUAAGCGCAGCUUACAGUGGACGCAUCGCUUGCGCCUAUAAAUACGGAAAAUCGUUUACGCGUCCGACGAAAAACGAUCCGGAUUCACGCUAUGUAAAUCUUUGCGUUGCUAUAUAUGAAUGUGAAAGUACAGGUGGCAGCGAAUGGAUCUUGGAAGACACGAUUCAUCUGAAGAAUAUUCAUCUGCCGCGAAUACCGGUAGAUCAACAUCUAGAUCUUAGCUAUUUGUACGAUAGCAGGUUCUUGCAGAAAAAGCAACGGCUCACUCAGGUGUUGCAAACUCUCAGUCACGAGGAUAUAAGAUCUUCGAGAAACGGAGAAAAUGGUGAUUCCACGAAAGCGAAUGCUGGCCUGCUAGCGGUUCCAUCGUUUAGUACUCUGCAGUCUUUACGGAAAUCGAUCAUAGAGAACGGUAACACGUGUCCGCUCACGCAGAAGCAUCUGGUGCAACUCGACUGGGUAUCCAAAGAGGACGGUUCGCAUAUUUUAACCGUCGGCGUUGGUUCCAAGAUUAUGCUGUUUACUCCGGUAUGCUCGGAUCUAGCGCAAGCUAACAUGAAAGCAAUGAAGGAAUCCCAGAGCAAUAAUAGACCGAUACUGAGAAAGACCUCGUCAUUGGCUCAACCUCAAUUCGUAGAUGAGAUUCGAUGGAUGAAGUUGCGUAAAAUUGAGCUGACAACGGCAGAUGGUUUACCGCCACUGCCUAUGCAAAUAUCCUGGGUGCGAGACGGUAUUCUGGUCGUCGGCAUGGAUUCCGAGAUGCACGUGUACUCGCAGUGGAAGCCGAAUCCGAAAAAUGACUGCUUUCAUUCGAAUCUGCAGCAUCAAGAGUCUGACGAGUUUCAAGCGAGUCGAAAUUUGCGUGAUGAGGAUCUACGCACAUUAGCGCACGAAACUUCCCAGAGACGGCUAGCAAACGUGUCUUCCAUGCCACAUUUGUCACGCGUUAGCAGCAUCAAUUUGACAAUGUUAGAUGCCAAGAAGAAGCGCGGUAUGCAGAAUGAAAACUUGAGUUUUGAUUACAUGCCGGAUUACGGACUGUUUGAGGCAUCGAGGAUAGCUUGCCCUGUUUUACCGCAAUAUCACCCUAAGCAGUUGAUGGAACUGUUGAAUUCAGGUAAAAUCAGAUGGGUAAAAGCUAUAUUGGCACAUCUCGUCCGAUGUAUAGGUAGUUCGUACUCUUUGCGGGCCGAUGAUGAAAGUCUAGUGAAGCAGCGCGGUUGGUCACGAUCGAGAACAAUGUCGGUGAGUUACAUGGGCACGACAUCGCCACUGGAACCGAGAGGUUCCACCACACAGAUACCAGAGGAAUUGACGCUAGAUUAUGCGGAGAUUACAUCCAUCUCCCCACUUCCGUUAUGGACUCUGUUGAUGGCCGACAAAGAAACGAAUCUACCGCAUCAGCAGAGCGAGGAUAAGCACGAUUACAAUGAGCUAUUCGACAGCAAUUUGGAUGAAGGAGAAUCAUUGGACGAUAUGUUGGACGAAAAUUAUGAACGUUCGCGACAGAAGGAUAGACGGUCCUCGGUGCCGGAAAGACAAGGAAUAUCUCAUUUUGGUCCCAGGCAAGGCAGACUGUUGUCGCGUCUUUUGACUCACACUCAUCUUCCAGGACUUUCCAGUCUCGAUCAAAUGCAUUUGCUCGCCCUAGCAGACACCGUUUCGACGUGUAAUGUCGAUUUCGCGGAAAGAUUCGCGAUUGAUGCGGCGAAAAAUGCGAUAGCUAAAGAGAAUCUAACUGGUAUUCCGGACGGCGAAACUGUAUCCACUGAUUCGCUAGACGAUUGCGGCCUCAGGUUCCUCUUAGCAAUGAAACAUUACAAUUACUUGAUACGCUGCUUACCAUUGGCGCAAAGAGCACAAUUCCAAAAACAGGGUGUUGCGUCGAAUAAUCUCGUAUGGGCGUUUCAUUCUGAAUCAGAAGAAGAAUUACUAGGAUUAAUUCCGUCUUAUGCCAAAGGUCAACCAAAGUGGUCCGUGCUGAAGGAACUUGGCGUUGGUUGGUGGAUUAGAAGCAACACGGUGCUGAAAAAAUGUGUAGAAAUAAUAGCAAAGGCUGCUUUCCAGGAUAAGCAAGAUCCUCUAGACGCAGCUGUCUAUUACUUAGCAAUGAAAAAGAAGAAUCUGGUAUGGGGUUUGUUUAGGAAUAAGCGAGACGAACGAAUGACCACCUUUUUCUCGAAUAAUUUCACCGAGAAUCGAUGGAGGAAAGCGGCUCUGAAGAAUGCUUUUGCUUUGCUUGGAAAGCAGCGAUUCGAGCAUGCAGCCGCGUUCUUUUUACUUGCCGGAGCACUGAAAGAUGCCAUCGACGUGUGCUUAAAUAAAUUAAAUGACAUUCAACUCGCGAUGGUGAUAGCUAGGCUCUACGAAAAUGAUACAUCGUCUCCUAAUAUGAGAAGAUUAUUGUAUGAAGAAAUCUUAGGUUGCGAUAAAGACGGGCAAAAUCAAGAUAUGAGCAGAGUGCAUCCUGAUCCAUUCUUGCGCAGUAUGGCUUUGUGGAUUUUGAAGGAUUAUUCUGGUUCUCUCAAUACUUUGUUGUUGACCAAUGUCGGUCACAUGCAUCCUCAGUAUAACGAUGAAUCUGAUAAGCCAGAAGGAACAACAGCAAAUCCAAACGUUUUCAACUUUUACGUUUAUCUUCGUACGCAUCCAUUAUUAAUCAGACAAUAUAUCGCAUCCACUGCACAAGAUAAGAAGAAAGGACACUCUGUAGUAAUUUCGGGAUUUAGUUAUGGCACAGAAACAAAGAGUCAACCAGAUAAACAAUUAUUGUUAGAAGAUAGCAUUACACCCCUGGAGAGGCAACUUUAUUUUACAACGGCACACGCACACUUUAAAGCUGGCUGUCCAGCUCUUGCUCUUGAAGUUUUAUCUAAAUUGCCUAGUAAAGUUAUGGAAACAAAUGGCGAAGAUUCUCCAAGCUUAUUAAACAGCCCAAGUAAGGCCAGAGCUCAAGAUGCUCAAAUAGAUACUGGUAUUAUUAAUUGGGGAAAUGAGUCAAAUGCAGUAAGCAAUAAUAAAGAAACAGCUGCAACUAUGGAUUGGAGUACAUCAUCAUUUGAUUGGUCUCAAAGUAGCAAGCGUGUGGAAGAAGAUAAAUUGGAAUUAAAUUGGGAUGAUGAGGAACCGGCUGAGGGUGAGGACGCCGAUAGUCCUCCCAUGAGUAUGAAACUUAAUAAAAAGGAGCAGGAUAAUGCGCAUAAAUUAGAAAACGAUAAUAAAGAUGUCGUAAAAUCAGCUGGACAAUUAGAUAUUAUGGCGCAACAACUGAAAUUCGUAGCCUGUUUGAAAAUUUUAAUGGAGGAACUGUCUACAUUAGCGACAGGUUUUGAAGUGGACGGAGGUCAGCUACGAUAUCAACUAUAUGUAUGGUUAGAACGAGAAGUAGAUGCAUUAAGACAACUUUGCAGCUACAGUACUAAUGCAGAUGGAGACGUGAACAACGUAGCAGAAUAUGAAGGUGGUAUGGUCGAUGAUGUACCACCAUAUAAACCCGGUGAGCAGCCAACGUUACAUCAAAUACUUGUGGCGGAGAAGUUGGAUUUUGAAGCUAAAGUACAGAGAGCUGCAAAGAGGAAAAAAUGGCUGAAAGCUAAUGAGACAUUAUUGAGGACACUGUUGUCAUACUGUUCAUUGCACGGUGCAUCAGGUGGUGGCUUAGCAUCAGUAAGAAUGGAAUUGGUACUUUUACUGCAGGAGUUGCAGCAAGAAAAGACUCAACAACAAUUGCUUAGUCCUCUUCCUUUCCCCACUACACUACCUCUAUUGAGCGCUAGCGUUGCUUGCAACAAAACUGUUGUUGCUGAUCCAGUUAGACAUCUGCAGUCUCUCGCACAUGAUAUGCUACAGACUUUAGUAGAGUUACGCAAUCCACCGAUGCCUAACAGAAAUACACAUUACUGCGAAGUAUUUAUCAUGAGAGAUUUAGCGGUGGCACUUAGCGCCUGUAUUUACCAGUCACUUUGCGAUUCAGACACGUUCGUUAUGAAACAUCACCAGCCAGAUAGUUUCCCAGCAGUCGCUGAAGUAGAAACGUUUUCGGGUGGGCAUUUGGUUGCCUCAAAUAGAUAUCAUCGACGGUAUUCAACCGACGACGGUAUAUGUAUAACUACCUCACCUGCGAAGUGGCCAGGCGUGACAAAUUUGCGUGCAUUGUUAGCUCGGGAGAAAGACGAAGAUACCCCAAAACUAAAUAUUCUGCUCUGUGAGGCAUUUGUGGCGACAUAUAUGAGUCUCUUCGUUUACGCUCUGUCGAGUUGCGAUAGUCACAUUUUAUACAGACUAGUAGGACAACACUUUGAUAAUAAUACGUGGGCUUCUCUCUUUGGCGGAGGAGUUAAGAAGCUGCUACGCGUAGCGAGCACCACUAAUAGUCAGGGCGGUAACACGGUUAGUGUUGAGCGGACGGAUAGCGUGACGAGUGAGAUUCAAAGUACCGCCAGUGGUAUGUGGAACACUAUGACGUCGUUGACUAAACAACGUGUCAAGCUGAAUAUGAAACUAUUAGGACAAUUUACGGGUCAACAGCCAAAUAUGAAAGAAGAUAAGCCUACGUAUAGAGAACAAUUUGUUUCGCCACAAAUGAGCAUGAUUUCCUAUUUUCUCAUGAAGCCACGCAUAGAGACUGAAUAUGCAGAUGAAAUUGAUUAUGAUUCUUCCGAUUCUGCAGUAUCUGAUUUAGAUUCUACAGACGACGAGGAAGACGUAUUCGACACGGGUUCGAAACCAAAGAGUAAACCAAAGGAUAAUACAGAACAUAGUAAUUCGAAUUCGUAUAGUUGGAGUGUAAUGAGAUUAGCAAUAGUUAAAAUACUGCAACAGCAGUUACAAGAUUUUUUGACUGUUGCCGGCAUAGAAAUGCAAGAAUUACCUGUAAGCAGUCCGCUGACUCACGGUACGUUGGGUAUUGUUGCACAAUGGCAAGAAUCUUUGCGCGAAGAAUUAGAACUUAAAGGUCCACCUCCAGUGAAUUAUAUACCCGGCUGUGCGCCAGAUCCUUCUCCUACGCCAGGGAAACCAGCUAUUCAUAAAUAUCGAUCGUUAUUAGAGAAAGGAAAUACACCUUUUAACACACGAUUAGCAUCCGCAGCGCCUACCAAUCGUCUAUGGUGUUAUUUAGUCAGACAGGAAUUGGUUCAGGAUAUUUUCAUUCGCGCAGUAUUUGGAAAACGAAGAUCCCUGUCAACGAUACUUGAAAGUAGUCAAUCAGUUGUUGACAGCGUACAUCGUGGAACUGGAGAAGAUAAGGGUAGUGAUAGUGGCACUACAAGUUUGCCAGAACCAGUCAGGAUCAUCCAUAAAGAACAAGAUAGCAUCAGUGCCUUCUGUCUUAAUCAGGUUAAUCCAGGUUUAAUGGCCCUUGCUACUCCUCGGGAAGUGCAAGAGAUGAAUAUUUCCCUGCUCCUAGAACUUCCGUCGUGGUUGGAAGAUGAGUGCGAAUUUGAUAUUAUCAAUUUGAAUAAACAACCUGAUCCAGAACCUGUACCGCCAACUAGUUUCUUAGUUAUACAGACGGCAGCAGAUCGUCCUUUGUUGGCGCAGAGUCCUCAGCAAAACAGUCCUCAACCCCACUCAGGUAUAGCCAGUCAGAGUGGACGUGGCGCGAGCGUGAUGAAGGGGAUGCCUGCUUUUCCUGGCUCCCACGACCUGCGUUUCUGUCAAUUUGUUGCCGAUAGGAGCAAACACUUGUUAAAGCCGAUCCUGAAGCAUAAGAUCGAUGGAAUCAGGAGAAUCUCUUCCCAUCCACUUUUACCAUUAUACUUAACCGGAUCGCAGGAUGGUUCUGUAUCGUUAUGGGAGUGGGGACAUCAGACAGCCGUCGCUACUCCGAGAGCACCUGGUACUUUUGCUAAAGUGACCCGCGUGCGAUUCUCUCAGCAUGGUAAUAAGUUCGGUGUGGCUGAUUCCGAUGGUCAUCUGAGUCUGUUUCAAGUGGCCUGCCGAGAAGGAACGGCUCGGCCGUUCUUCAAUUAUCAAUGUCACAGCAAAGUCACCUCGGAUUUCGUCUUCCUCGGCGCGUGCAGUCUUGUAGCCACCGCAGGUCACGGCUCGGAAGGACGGAACGUAGCAUUAUGGGACACGUUACUUCCACAAAAUAAAUCUCUUGUACAAGGCUUUACGUGUCAUGAUCAGGGAGCUAGUGCGUUGAUCUUAGCGCCACAGCAUCAGUUGCUCAUCAGUGGCGGCAAGAAAGGUGACAUUAAUAUAUUUGACGUGCGACAACGGCAACAAAGACAGAGAUUCCAGGCGCACGAAUCGGCUAUUAAAUGUCUAGCACUCGAUCCGCACGAGGAAUUUUUCGUUAGCGGGGCAGGUGAUGGCGAUAUUAAGAUAUGGGGUUUGACCGUCCAUUCUCUCCUUUACUCGUUUCCUGGUGAACAUCCACGAUCUAGUUUCUUCAAAAACAUAGGACAGGGCGUUACCCAAUUACACGUAGAUUCUGCGGGUCGAUUGUUUUCGUGUGGAGCAGAUGGUUCAAUGAAAGUCCGUCAACUGCCAGAACGCGAUUGUGUAAUACAAACGCUUUAUUAGGAUUAAAAAGAAGAAACAAAAAAAUUGAUGAAUACGAAGUGAUACCGUGUAAGUAUAUUAUGCAAAAGAGCCGAUAUUUAUUGAUUAUAUACAUAUACAUAAAUAUGAAAGGCGAAUCGUUAAAGAAAUCCACGCAAUUAAUUAAUUGCUGUUGUACAAUAUACCCACUACUUUUACAUACGAACCGUGCAGACGGUACAGUAUCUCUUUGCACGGCUAGUGUGUUGUGACUAAGCUAAUAUAUCAGGUGUUACCUUUAUAAAUAUAUAUAUAUAUAUCGUUUCAUCCAGAGCUACUUUAUUGCAUAAUAAAGUAGUGAAUUCCGCACGAAUAUUGUUGUUGUUGUCCAAAAUUGAAGCUCUUAUAGUCUAAACAUAGUAAAAAUCUGUAAUCUUAGAUAAUGUCUUCAAGUGUUUCCCCGUUCUAAGGAAAAAAAAGAAAACCGAAACAGAUAUACAAAUAAAUAACUGUAGCGCCGAUAAGGUUGCAAACGACACUGUAUUUUCCCUAACGUGCAUUUCGUACGGAACAGCAUAUAAUAAUACUAAUGAUCAUUCCUUUCUCACAUGAAAGUAAUAUUAAACGAUUCGAUAAAUGAUAUGUAAUAAUCCUUCUGUACCUUCAUAUUUUAAUAUAUGUAAUAUAUGUAUUUAUAAAGAUCAGUUGAUAAAUUCUAUUGUUUAGCGCCAGAUAAUUUAAAGACGAUUUAGCCGAUUUCAUAACGGUUAUUGAAACACGAUGUUUCUUUGUGUUAAUGAGAAACUGCGGUUUCUAUGUAUUAUUUGUUGAAAUAGAGACAGUGUGCGCAAUGUGUAAGUUAUUGUUCUGUAAUAUAGUUCGAUAAAUUAGUUUGAAUGAAUCAUGUAUUGAAGGUACUCCAUUUCGAUGCUUUUUUGUCAUCGCUAAUACUAUACGAUAUAUUCGUAAGGGUAUAAAACAUGGCAAUUUUGGGUAAUGAGUAAAAUACAGAGCUUAAAAUAUGUGUUGCCUUUUAAUAAACUCUUUCUAUCUCUUGAAGUGUGUAAUAUAUAUAGUCUUUUGACGAGAGAGAUAAGUAUAAUGCUGUACAAUGCAUUUAUCUUAUCGCGUAUGUAUAGAGAAUUAUUUAAAAUACAUGUUACCGGAUGGACAAAUGAUAGACUAAUAGCUUCGAGAAUUACUUUUUUUCCAAAUUAUUUAAAUCUAUUUUAUCAAUUUUACAAAUAUUUUACAGAUAUCUAGAUAAAUGUAUUUUCCUCAUAUCCAGUUUUGUAAAUAUCACAUGAAUUGUGAUCAAAAAAAGCAUCGUUUAAUACGAACUUGUUUACAGUUGUGUAACGCCAAUUUUUAAAUUAGUAUUGUUUCUGUCGCUAUAAAUUUUAGGACUUUUCUGCAAUUAAUUGUUGCAAAUAUAGUAUGAUUCUGUUAUAAAGUAUGUAUACAUAAAAUUAUAAACUGUAACAAAGAAUUUAUUUUUGUUAAAUGCACUUGUUGAAUGACACUUAUUAGUUCGUAUAUAUACAUAUAUAUGUAAUGAAGUUAAA